GUUGAAGCACUGUUUUCCAACAUAGUAAUUCCAAUCUCUUCUCCUCUCAUCAGACGAUUUUAUGUCUGAUUCACAGUCACAGACUAAACACAGCUUUCCUGUGUUUGGCACACAGCUCCCUGCAUCUGCUUUGUCAAGUCGAUAAUCCUGUCUCACGUGGUCCCAAUUCUUCUUUAUAUUUGUUUCCCAGCUGGAACCGAUGUGAAGCCAGAUUCUCAGUGCACAGCUGGAUCAGAACAGAUAAAAUGGCUUUAAAGUUUGAAGCCGUGUGUCCUGAGGGCCUGUGUCCUGGUUGGAAUGUGACACUAAAAGGUGAACCAAGCCUAGAAGCAAAAAGGUUUGAAAUCAAUUUUGUGUGUGACAGUACUGAAGAAAUAGCAUUCCAUUUUAACCCACGCUUUACUGAGUCAUCACUGGUGUGUAAUUCCUACCUGGCCAACAAGUGGGGUGAGGAGGAACGAGUCACAUCAUGUCCACUUGAAGUUGAGGAACCAUUCCAGGUUGAUAUUUAUUCUGAUGAGGAAUAUUUUCACGUGUUGCUUGAUGGGACUGCUGUUUGUCAGUUCAAACAUCGUAUUGAGGAACUCAAUUCCAUCACCAAGGUGCAGGUGCUGCAUGAUGUCAAUGUUUCCUCAGUAGAAUUUACCAAAAAAGCCUUUUGGUAAUUGUUAUGGAAAAGCCAGCAAUGAAGAGAUGCUGACAUCAAACUAAACAGAGAUGUGGAAAGCCGGACUUUGGUCACCACGUUGUUCAUAAAAAAGAAAAACCUGAUUAUGAACUGUCAAGUCUUAAUGAAAAAUUGUGUCGAAACAAGAUUCAAUUAUGUUGAUCCAUAUGACAACAGUGACCUACUUCAAAAGAUCAAAAAACUCCAAUGGCUUGGUUGCAUUGUUGACUGAAACCUUACACUUAAAUUUACGACUU